AGAGAAUAAAAGAGGCAGUUAACAACAAAGUAAACUGAAAAUGGCGCUACUACUGAACUCACCACAUACCAAGAGACCUCAUCUUCAUCUUCUCCACUCUCAACCACAUCAACACUCCAACCCCAGAAAUUUCUCCAUCAAAUUCCAGAACUCUUCUUCUGAUAAUUCUUCAGAGGACACUGCAUCAUCUCCGGUAGCUAAGAAGGCAGCCAGCUCCAGUUCUUUAGGUUUUGGGUCAUCGGUUUCCACCACAGUAAAGAAGAAACAACAAAAGGGGAAAAGAGAGAGGGAUACAAUUAUCCGACGAGAACCCAUUCAAAAGCCCAGCUUAGCUACCCAACCGGCGGAAGAAUCUGGAUCCAAGGAAUUUCAGAAAAAUGAGAGUGCGUUUCUUCUUGCUUGGUUAGGACUUGGUGGAAUUAUCCUUGUCGAGGGUAUUCUUCUUGCUGCCUCAGGCCUUUUACCAGAGGCUUGGGACAAUUUUUUUGUGAAGUAUCUGUAUCCAUCCUUUACUCCGACGGUCUUCCUGUUUGUGGCUGGAACAGUUGGUUAUGGAGUGUUGAAGUACCUGCAGAAUGAGAAAUUUAAUAGUGAAAACUGAUGUUUUUUGCAUGUUAUAUCAAAUAUUUAGGUAACUUUAGUUAGUUUGUUCAGUCAUGUAAACUACAAAUGUGAAACUCUGACAAUGUAAUUCUAAGAAAUACUUAUGAAAGUGGAUUAUACCUCAGGCUAAUGUGUUAUCCUGUA